UUGCACAUUGGGAUAUCGUACUUUGUUUUUAUCGCCAUUUUGGAUGUUGAAUGAAAUGAUUCAGCCUGGAAAAGAAGAUGAAUUAAUGUCAGAUCGUCAUAUAAAUUUGCUGUCACCUUGACAGAAUAUAACAAACGUGUUCUUUGUGCAACAGAGUGCAAUUAGAAAGCAAGGCAUAAUGGCAAAUGCCAAAAUGAAGCCUAAAUUCAAAGCGGUUACACCUAAGUUGAAACUUUUCCGUGCGAAUGAUCCACAGAUGAGCGUUUUUAUGUGGGGAAUAAAUUAUACGAUUACAGGGUUGGAACAUGUCAAGGUACCUGUUAUGCUCAUGCCUGAUGAUUUUAAGGCUUUUAGUAAAGUAAAAGUAGACAACCACAUGUUUAAUAAAGAUAUAAUGCCUAGUCAUUAUAAGGUCAAAGAAUAUUGCCCUCUUGUGUUCAGAAAUUUACGUGAAAGAUUUGAUAUAGAUGAUCAUGAUUAUAUGAAUUCAUUGACCAAUAAACAACCAGUUGAGAUUGAUUCUCCAGGGAGGAGUGGUGCCAGGAUGUUUAUGUCUCAUGAUCAAAAAUACUUCAUAAAAAGUCUAGUCACUGAGGAAGUGGAACAAAUGCAUCACAUACUUAAACAAUAUCAUCAGUACAUUGUAGAAGUUCAUGCCCAGACAUUAUUACCACAUUAUCUUGGAAUGUACAGGAUUACUGUCAAUGAUGUAGAACAUUAUUUGAUUAUUAUGAGGAAUGUAUUCAGUCCGAGGUUAACAAUUCAUAAAAAAUAUGAUUUAAAGGGGUCAACUGUAGACAGACAUGCAAGUGACAAGGAAAAGUCUAAAGACUUACCAACAUAUAAAGACAAUGAUUUUAUCCGAGAUGAAGCUGUUAUAUUCCUGGGUAAAGAUACAAAAGACAAACUAAUGGCAACUGUUACCAAGGAUGCAGAGUUUUUGACAAGCUUACAUUUAAUGGACUACAGCUUGAUAGUAGGGAUACAUGACUGUGAUAAAGCUGAAAUGGAGUCUGCUGAAAUGGUGCAGAGGGCUAAGGAAGGUGAAGAUGAUAGCAAUGAAGAAAAUGAAAAUGGCUAUGAUGAUGACCAAAAUGGCAUGGGGGGUGUGCCUACACCACCAGAUAGUCCACAGUUAAUACAAGCACCAUUUAAUGGUGACAUUGAUUCUACUAUAGAGAGAUUUGCAAUGAAAUGCAGUGAAGAUUGUCCUAGAAGAGAGGUUUAUUUUUUAGCAAUGAUUGACAUUUUGACAAAAUAUGGAGUGAAAAAACGUACAGCACAAGCUGCAAAGACAAUGAAACAUGGUGCAAAUGCUGAAAUAUCUACAGUGAAACCUGAACAAUAUGCACGAAGAUUCUUGGACUUUGUCAGCAAGUGCAUUGAAUGACCACCUAUACAUAGAAAUGUUUUAUCUUAUUGUAUACACAUUUUCAUAUAUUUAUUUGGUAAGGAUAAUGUCAGAUUACAAAAUAAGGGACCACUUGUCUAUUGAUAAUGCUCAAUAAAGAAAGAAAGAAAGAAGGAUAACUUUUUCAAAGCAAUUGCAUUAAAUUUUGUGUAACCUUUGACAGCACCGAAGUCUUAUUUUAAGGGGGAUCUUUGGCCUGACUGAAUGGUUUUAUUCAGUAAAGUCACAUUGAUAUUUGUAAGCACCUUUUUACACUUUUUAUAUCAUGCAUAUCAAGGCCACCAAUAUCAGUCUUUUAAUACAACCUCUGACUAUUAAACACAUUUUCCUUUAGUUUUCAUGUAUUUUCCGACGAUAAAUUAAGUUAUUUGUAAUCUUGCAUUAUUCAUACAGAAAUCAUUUGCUUAUAAAUUAAACAAUUGAUUUUUUAAUCAUAUGAAUUUUUAAUCAUGGAAAUUUCAACUGAAAAACUGUAGACAGAUAUAAAUAGAUAUUUACAGUUGUUGCAAUAUAAUAUUGUUUUUCAAAUGAUUUUUUUAUGAAUCCCUUAAAUCAAAAUUAUAAAUUUGACAUUUCAUGACUGUGAACUUUAAAUGCAUUAUUUAGCACACUUAUUAUAUGGUGAGGUAAAUAAGACUCAGCCAGCUUUGUUAGAUUGUUGCACAAUUAUUGAUGCUUAGGUACAAGCCUUUAUAAUAAUCAAUUAUCAUAUGCAAAUGACCACCAGAACUUCAGGAUAACUUUAUAGACAGUGUUUUGUAGUGCCUUUCCUGCUAAAGGUGUAUGUUGAAAUUUGCAUUUAAAGUUUGAGUUCUAUUAAAAAGGGAAUAAUUUUGCAUUGUACAAUUUUCAGUUGAAAUAUCUGUAGUAUUUAUGUGUUAUUAUUACCAAAACAGAGGGAAAACAUAAGUACCAUGUAUCAUUAAACAAAAAAAAGAAGAAAGAAACAGGGUUUACAUAAAUAGAUAAAUAAUAAAAUAUUAUAUAUAUGAUAUUGUUAUAGUCAAUUAAGAAAAGGAGAUUAGAAUGUAUUUAAUUAAGUCUGAAAAGUAUAUUAUAGAGGUGAAACAUGUUAAUGACUAUAAACUAGGUUAAGAUAUAUUUUAUUGCAGUGUGGUAUCUCAUAUUCCUGAGAUGAAGUUUUUAAGUCCUGUAAGAAUUUUUUGGACUCUAAUUUAGUUUUGGCUGCUAUAUAGCAUAUUGGAUCUGUUGUCUUUCUUUAGAAUUGGGAAGAAAUCCACAUGACCUGUAAUUGAAUUAUUUUUACCCUUUGAUACUUAUGAAGAAUUAAAAGUUUGAAUUAUGUGGUCUAGCAAUACUUUACAAUGCUAUGGUAAAAUUUUCAAAAGAGUAAGUUUGGUAAGGGUCCUUAUCAGCCCCAAAAUUAUUAGGUCCACUGCUUUAGAUAAAAAAAAUUUCAAGCUGUUGAAAAGACAUGUAAGAAAGUGAAAUUAAACUAUUUUUGUUGAGCUUUUCUUAUGAAACUUUGACACUUACACCAUGAUUAGGCCAAAAAGAGAUUUCGGUGAAACUGAACAAAAUUAUCUGGAUUUCAACCACAUUUAGGCCUAGGAAAAACUGAGCCCAGGGUUUCACAAAACUAUAUUUUUCAGUCAGAUAGGUAAUUUUGUAUAACAAACCUGCUGUUCAAAGACCUUUUUUGUCAAUGCUUGAGCUAUAUGUUCCUGGUCCUUAAGACCAAUGAAAAUUGACUAGUUUUCAUUGAAUUUUGUGGAAUUUGAAAAAGUUGUACUAUUUGUUAUGUAAUGACAAGCUCACCUACACCUAAAUAAUCAACAAAAAGUCUUAAUCCCUAUCUUUUCAUUGUUUUAGCUUUGAUUUAUUUUGAUAAUAGUCAAUUAAUUCUUAUUUGAAAUUUUAGCUAAAAAUAGGGGCCAUAUUGAGGCGUUAUCACACCUACUCCUUUACCAUUGUGUAAAGUAUGAUGGAUCAGAGAAACUGUAUUCAAGGAUUUUAUAGAAUACUUUUGCAUUAAUUUGUGUUCAUCUAGUUUAAGAAUUUAAGGUAAAAUAUAUCGAUACUUAAAAUAUUACAGACAUAUACAGAAAUAAUUGGAAUAAGUUAAAUUUUGGUAAAACAUUUGGGAAAUUGAAGUUUCUAAGUUAUGGUAAAUAUUUUAUCUUCUAGGACAGAAUGUAAAUUUUGAGUUUUAUUUUUAUUUAUAGAAUAAAAUGCCACUGUUAGGUACAGUAGUAUGCAGAUAGGUACCCGAUUUUAACAAAUAAUUUCAAACUCGGUUUCUUUUGAUAUUUUUAACAAUGACACAAGGAUUAGGAAGAAAAUGUUAAGGAAGUAUCUGAAGUAUGAAUUAGUUUUUCCUUUGUAUUUAAAACAGUUGACUAAACCCUUAUUUUGCCCCAAAAGAAUUGUGUAUAAUUUGUACAUAUUUUACCUGCCUUUAGUUUGCCAGGUAUAUGUUGUAGUUGCAUACAUUUCUUAUCUCUGUUAUUUAACAAAUGAUGUGGCUUCCUAUAGCUGAUUAAACAGUCUGCUUACCAAAUUUGGGUAAAGGUUAGGAUCCAUGUGUCUCCAUCUGUCAUCAAAAACUCUUUCUUCAACCACACAGUGGUUUUCAAUUAAACUUUCAAAAUAUUUAGAUCCUUUUGACAUUGUUUAUCUCAAUUUUUUUCAUCAGAACUGUUUUUAAGAAAUGUACCAUUGCAAAUUAUGUACUUUGUCAUUUUUACAUAUGAGGGAUAUUCAUCCCAAUUCAAAGAACAAGUCAAAAACCGGUUAAUGUCAUUUUUGUAUUAUUGCUCAUAUCUUACAAAUUAUAUACUCCAUAGUCCAUAUACAUCUGGUUAUUUUCCUUUUAUUAUUUAGAUAGAUAAAUGUUAUUGAGCUCCCUUUUUGAUGUAGCAUUGCAAUAUUUUGAAGUUCAAAAUAUCAAUUUACACCAUUAGCAGUUGUUGAAAUUCUUUCAUAGCUGCCAUAUUAUUGUUUGAGAUUCCAUGGUAGAAAGGAAGUCAUUAAACAGGGUAUACAUAACAUACUGUUUGGAAAAUGAAUUGUCCAUUUAUUAAUGUUAUUUGUCAAAAGUCAGAAACAUAAAUUUUAGUAUUAUAAAUGCCUUUUCGUAUAUAUAUGUUAUUAAUGAUAAAAAUUGUGGGUUAUCUAAAACUAUAAAUCUAUUCAUGUAAUAAAUAUAAUUUGCUGUUUAUAAACAUUGGAUGUUUUUCAGAUAGAUAUGACAGAUCAAAAUUAUUCAAAUAAGAACUUCCAAUAAGAGGAUGCCACAAUCAUAGCAAAAACUUUCGACAAGGUUGAUAAUUUGCUUUUUAUUUACAAUUUUAUAAAAUAUUUACUAAAUGUAUCUAGUUUCAUAAAAAAAAUACCAAACAGACUAAUAUUAAGAAUAACUAAAAGAGGCACAUGAUUUACUGCAAAUAUUUUUAGUUAUAUGUUGACACAAUUUCAAUAUUCUUCUGCAGUAUUAUUUGUACAAAAUUAUCAUCAAAAUAUCUAAUAAAUCCUCAGACUCAUAAGUUAUCAGGAACCCUUUUUUCAAGGUUAUAAUUGUAAUAACAUGAUGAAUUAACACAAACAGUAAGUAACAAGAGUUUUUAUUUAUCUUAUUGUUAGUUAUUGGAAGAAGACAUCGUGGAGCCAUAUUUAAAUACUAAAGGUGGACAGCAAAGACUAGAUUGUAAAGAAAUAUACAAAUGUGGUGCCUUGGAUUUCUUUUUGUUUUGUUUUCUUGUUAAUUAUUCCAUGAUUAAAUGUUAUUUAUUACUCAGUUUAUCAUUAAAUCAAUCAAAAUCUGUAGUUAUAGAUUAGUACAUUCCUGUCUAUGUGGUAUUUUUGUUCGUAGUCUCUUGUAGUUGGAUAUAAGAAUUGUAAAGAAACUUUCAUUCAAAUAAAUGGAAUAGAUGUCAAUGGACUGAAAAAAUCCAAAAUAAUCUAACUGAAAUUUAAACAUAUCAGUACUUUUUUAGAAGAAAAUUUGAAGAUUUUAUAAUUGAAAAAAAAAGAUUGACAAAUAUAUUGUUCUAAGUAAAAAAAAUACAAAGGUAAAAGGUUUGACACCAACAUAUUAUGUAAGAUUAGUUUUUGGAACUUUUGUAAAAGUUUGUUCAGGUUAAUAGAUAACCUUAUCUUAAGUAAAAGAAUUGCCAAGGAAUUGUAUUUACCAAGGUAUGACCAAAGCAUGUUCAGUUCAUUCAUUCUUUUAAAGUAGCGGAAACAGCAAGGUAAAAUGCUUUCACUUUAUUUUACAUCACAGGUAAUUAUUGCAAACAUUGAUCUUUGGGAUAUAAAUUUAAGAUCAAGAAGGAGUAAAGCUUUUGAAUGACAUAGUGUUUUGCAUUAUUGGAAUUGCUCAAUAUUCUUGAAUAACAAAUAUUUUCAUGUGAAAAAAAUAUAGAAAUUUCAUUAUGUACAUGUAACUUGAAAGCUGGGUUUUUUAGAAAUUGGAAUUUAGUGCAUGAAUUUGAAAAGAAAUUAAAAACAAGAAGCAUUAAUCAAUUAUCAGUAAUUAUCAGGAAAAAUAAGUCAAAAUCUUUGAUAAACAAAAAUAGCAAGUAAAAGGUAAAAUGAAUAAUGUGAAAAGUGGAAGUUCAAGUUGUUCCAUUAAACCAUCUUAAGGGCCUAGGGAAAUUUAUUUCAUAAUGAUACAGCAGGGAUUGCAUUGGAAACUCAAUUCAUUAAUCUGAGUGAAUAGCUAGUUGUGUUUUAAACAUAGAAAUGAAUAGCUAGUAAGGAUACAGCCAAUGGAAAAAAUACACAAAUCCAGUACACUCUAUUUACUUUUGUUUACAUGUUUAAAUGUGUAUAUUGUCAAACCUAUUUUUGUCUCAUUAUGUUUAAUAGUGCUGUUAUAUUUUUAAGUUCUUAAUGUAUUGUUCAUUGUUGAUAAAAUAUAUAUAUAGACUCAAAUUUUAUUUAUGAGCUAAAAUUUGCUUAUUAGUAAAUAGCCUUUGAAAUAAUUCUCUUUAUUUAUUUCAUAUUUGUUAUAUACUUGUACAUGUAAAAUAAUUCUUUUUUGUAUUUAUAAAAUGUUUCUUUUUCUUUUUACUGUUUGUAUUUAUCUUUUCGAAAGAUGGUACAUAACGUAAAUAGAAGCUCUACUAACUACUAAUUAAUCUGAAGCUAUUUCCAAGAAUGUAGUUUUUUAAAAUCGUAGGAAAAGUUGAUUGAAAUAUAAUAAAAAAAAUAUUGACCUUCGUAAGUUAUUAUUUAAAAGUAUUUCAAAAUGAUUUACACCAAGCAUGAUGUUUGUAGUUUUUAUUUCAAGAAAGUCACUGUUCAUGUAAAAGUAUCAUUGCUUUGCCGAUUUUUAUAUAAAAUCAUUUACAUAUGGUCAUAUUUCUUUAUGUUUUUUGUGUCUACACGAAAUCAAACAAUGCAAUUAUUAUUAUUUGAAAUCCUUUGUUUGUCUUUUAUAUGAAGGAAUAGAUUUAUGUGAACACACUUUUUUAGUCUUAGAGGUCUGAAAAUUUCAUUAAAUAGUACAGUAUUUGGUAAAACAUGAAAAGUUUGUUAGUUUUCCAUAGAUGCAGAACUCAGCAACUAUAUAAAUUGUUAUUACUUUCUUAUUAUUUAAGAAAAACAUUGUAUCUCUAUGUUAGUAAAUAAGUUUCUGUUAUAUAGUGUUAAAACAAUACAUAACUAGCUACUUCAUUGUUACUGACAGAAUUUCAGAGUUCAAUGUACUUUGUUGUUAUACCGAUAUUUAUCAGAUACUAAGGUUAGCUUUCAGGACCUGUGUCUAUGAAACUGUUUGUCAUGUCAUCAUACAGUAUAGGGAAUAAUACUGGUAUUUCUCCACUAACAAUUUGUUUAGUUAGUGUCCUGCAUGACAAAAAGAUGCCUUUACCGUAUAGUAAUCAUUUGGCCAUCAUCAGUUUAUUGUUUUCAUAUUUUUUGCCUCUGCCGCAGCGCAGGGGGCAUUAAGUGUUACCCUUGUCUGUCCCUACGUCCCAAAAUUAGUUUCCAUUCUCUAACUUAAGUUUGCCUCAACCAAAUAUUAUGAAACUUAUACACAAUGCUUAUUACCACAAAACACAGAUCAAGUUGAAUUCAGAAUGCGUCACUUUUACUGUUCUUGAGUUAUGUCCCUUUAUAACAUUAUAUGCAAGUGGGGGUAUCAUCUGUGUCCCCUGGACAAAUUCUUCAUUUAUUUAGGAUAUGGUUAAAGAUAUUAAAGUAAGUUUUAGUGUUAAGUUAUAUUAGAAGGAUCAUAUGUCACAAAUAUACAGAAUUAGGAAUAAAGAGCAACCCUCACCCCAAGGUGAAUAUUCUACACUGGGUUUUUUUCUGGGUAGAUUAUUGAUUUUGGCUUUUGGUCCGUUUACUUUUAAGUUUUCAUAGCUUUCCACACUUUUUUCAAACUAAUGGGGAAUUUUUUUUAAAUAUAAUUGUUUUCCGAGAUUUGUUCUGUAUUCACCUGGGAUAUUAACUCAGUCUCUGCUCUGGAGCAGUAGGGAAGGACAGUUCACUUGAUUAACUUUCAGUGCACAUCAGCAUUGUACAUUUGUUCAUUAUAUAGACAAUAAAUGAUGGUAUUCAAAAUAAACUGUCUAUCAACCAAGUUUGAUUAAUGUGUCCAGAGUAAGCCUGAAAAUAGUAUUUUUCAGGAAUUGAUUCUAUCCCAUAAUGCAUUUCUUUAACAUAUACAUGUAAUACUAUCACAUUUUUAUCCCUUUGUUAAAUCAAUAAUUUAUAUAGAAUGUUACCGGUUUUUCUUUAUUUAAAAAAAAGGUCACACCCUGUAUGCAUGUCAGAUACUAUUUUCACAUGAAACCACGAGUGAUAUCUAUGUUUAGGAGGUAUAUGACCUAUAUAAACAUGUGUUCUUUACAGCCAAGUAGCAAGCUUAGAUCUCAUACUAUGUUCUACUUAUUUAAAUGGAUUUAUAGCCCUAGAACUUUUCUGAUAGUUAUGGUUCUUUUUUAAAACUUAUUAAUUGAGAUUUACUUUGGUACUGGCUGAUUGAUUUUUAAAGGAAUUGUAACCUUAGCCUUUGAAAUUUUCUUAUAUCUUGAAUUUUCUCACACUUUAUUUUUAUAUUUAGUUCUAAUACAAAAACCAGUGUUAUUUUACUUAUGUUCAAUCAACUUUUAUUUUUCAAAGUAGUGCCUAAUUAUAUAGACAUUUCCACAAAGUACUUUAAUACAGUAUUAAAACAAAUACAUGUUGAUGGAGGGGCAUGUUGUGAUAACAGUGUUUAGGCUUAUUUGAAUAACACCAAUUUUUUACAUGAUUAAAACAAAUAUUGUGUGGUAUCUUAUAUUUAUGUAUAUGUUGUUUGUAUAACUAAACCUACAUGCAUGAAAACAAAUCCUUUAUAAUUCAGUUGUUAAAACACAAGUAUUAUGCAUGGUUAAUUUAGGCCUGAUUUAUAGUGUCAUUCCAUUCUUUAUUAUAUUGCUUAAUACAAUUAACAUCACAUUGACAACAAACUGUUUUGUAAAGAAAACAGAGUAAUAAAAGUGACAUUAUUGUGAUAUUGGCUAUAUUUUAGUUAGUAUUGGACCAUAUUUAUUUUGACUGCUGCCGAGUCAGUGUUUAUGUAUAUUGAUGUCUACCAUGAGAUACUAAAUCUUAUCAAAUAAAUCUAUCAUUCAA